CACACGCAGACGCGCCGACACACACAGACGCACACGCAGCGGCACGUCGCCCUUUCGGAUUCUAACUUGGUGCACUGACGCGGGACUUUUUUUCAUCAUCUUUGCAUCGGUGGACCAUAUUUUGCUGCAUUUUGAGGGAUAAUUGAUUUUGCCGUUAAGAUGCCUGCCGACAUGAUGGAAAAAUCGUCCUCGUCUCCGGUCGCUGCCACCCCAGCAAGCAUGAACUCGACCCCCGAUAAACCCAAAACAGCCUCCGAGCAUAGAAAGUCUUCCAAGCCAAUUAUGGAGAAGCGGAGGAGAGCCAGGAUCAAUGAGAGUUUGGGCCAGCUUAAAACUCUCAUCUUGGACGCGCUCAAGAAAGAUAGCUCCAGACACUCCAAAUUGGAGAAAGCAGACAUCCUGGAGAUGACUGUGAAACAUCUCCGGAACCUCCAGAGAGCUCAAAUGACCGCAGUGCUCAAUACCGAUCCCACCGUGUUAGGAAAGUAUCGCGCCGGUUUCAGCGAGUGCAUGAACGAAGUCACCCGCUUUCUGUCCACCUGCGAGGGCGUCAACACGGAGGUCCGAACGCGGCUCCUCGGCCACCUCGCCAGCUGCAUGACGCAGAUUAAUGCCAUGAACUACCCCAGCCAGCACCAGAUCCCCCCGGCGGCCGGGCCAACGCACCCCUCGUUUGGCCAGCCCAUGGUGCAGAUCCCCGGGUCUGCCCCGCAGGUGCUACCCAUGAGCGGAGUGCCUUGUAAAGGAGCUCCCUCUCCGGCCACUUUACCCAACUCGGACGCCACCAAAGUGUACGGCGGCUUCCAGAUUGUGCCUGCAACGGACGGACAGUUUGCCUUCCUCAUACCCAACGCGGCGUUUGGCCCGAACGGUCCCGUCAUUCCCGUCUACGCCAACAGCCCCGGGACGCCGGUUCCGGUGCCGGCUGCCGUCUCCCCCGCAGCCCCAUCGGGAAACACGGACUCGGUGUGGCGACCAUGGUGAACACAGCCAAGGAGCGUAAAUACUCUCAAAUGACACUUGCUAGUUCUUCUUUGUUGCUCAAUGUUAGAAUUUUUUUUUUUUAUCAAAUGGAAAAAGAGUAUGCACUAUAUUUGUACAGCUAACAAAGCGAGUAAAGUUCAUAUUGAAAUAAGAUUUGUAUCGUGGAAGUCCGUUCACUGCAUUUUUUUUUUUUUUUUUUUUUUUUUUAAAUAUAUAAGUAUAUACAGUUGUCUUUCCUACUUUUUGAAGCCAAAGAUGCUUACCGCGCUUAUACAGUUCUUCGUUUUGGAAGACAAAUAAAUUUGUUACUUCACAACCUU